ACCACAACUUAUAUGCAAAACACCGUGCUGCUGUAAAAUCUCAGAAACUCACUUCUAACUUUAGUUAACUGAGGGAGAGGCCGGAGGCAGUGAGAGAAGAGACUGCAAUAAGCCGCAACACACACACAGCGGCUCACCUUUUAAAAAAAAGGAGCACAAAAAACAGUCGAAGUUAAAACGAAUAGAGAAAAUGCAGAGAUUUAAGGGGGUUUUACAAUCUAAAUAUUCACUUCAAAAACUUGGGUUUUGUUCUUCAUUUAGAACCUUUCUAGCUCAACCUACUUACUUAUCUCAAAAUGAUCUUGUUGAAAACCAGGUUUUGGUUGAAGGAAGAGCUAAUUCAAGGGCAUCAAUUCUUAACAGGCCUUCUUCUCUAAAUGCCAUUACCACUUCUAUGGCGGGUAGGCUUAAGAGAUUGUAUGAAUCAUGGGAAGAAAACUCUGAUCUUGGGUUUAUCAUAAUGAAGGGGAAUGGGAAAGCUUUCUCUUCCGGUGCCGAUGUUGUAAACCUUUAUCAGCUAAUUAAUGAAGGAAAAGUCGAAGAAUGUAAGAGCUUUUUCGAUACAUUGUACAGAUUUGUAUAUCUCAUGGGAACUUAUGUAAAGCCCCACGUGGCUAUCUUGGAUGGCACCACUAUGGGAGCUGGUGCUGGUAUUUCUUUUCCAGGAAUGUUCAGAUUGGCAACUGAUAGAACAGUAUAUUCUCAUCCAGAGACGCAACUGGGUUUCCAUCCUGAUGCAGGGGCCUCCUUUUUCCUUUCUCGUCUACCUGGUUACCUUGGGGAAUACUUGGCUCUGACAGGAGAUAAGCUGAAUGGUGUUGAUAUGGUCGCCUGUGGUCUUGCUACUCAUUAUUGCCUCAGUGCGAGACUUCCAUUGAUAGAAGAGCGCCUUGCUAAAUUGUUCACAGAUGAUCCUUCUGUGGUAGAGAGCUCUCUUGCUCAAUAUGGCGACCUUGUCUACCCUGAUAAGAGCAGCAUUAUUUACAAAAUUGAAGCAAUCGACAAAUGUUUUAGCCAUGAUACACUGGAGGAAAUUUUUGAUGCUCUAGAAAAGGAGGCAACUAGUUCCUCUGAUGAUUGGUGCAAGGCGACCCUGAAGAAACUAAAAGAAUCCUCUCCAUUAAGUUUGAAAGUCACUCUACGAUCUAUCCGUGAUGGGAGAUUUCAACCAAUUGACAAAUGUCUAGCUCGGGAGUACAGAAUAUCUGUUAAUUGCAUAUCCAAAAGAGUAUCAAAUGACUUCUGUGAGGGUGUUAGGGCAAGACUAGUUGAUAAAGACUUUGCUCCUAAAUGGGACCCUCCUACGCUCGAAGAUGUUAGCAAGGACAUGGUUGAUUGCUUUUUCUCACCACUCGGUGAAUUCGAGCCUGAGCUUAACCUGCCUACAUCAUCGCGAGAACCAGAUAUGUGAUAUUUGAUGUUUAUCUGUAUUCCAGAAUUUUGUAGCAUCGAUAUAUUUUACUUAGGAUAUGAUUGGAGUUCUCUAGUUCUUCAGUUGGUUCUUCAUUUUUCUUGUAUUAAUAAAUAAUCCAAUGUUUGCUCAAAAUUUCUUCCUUCAUGGACUUUGGAUAGUGU